AUAAGAUCUUUGGACAUCGUCAUAAACACAAACAGACUACAGAACUUCAGAUUCAUACUUCAUAGGUUGGAAGAUGACAGAAAGUGUAGUAGUUUAAUGUUUGUGUAUGAGAGGUAUAGUUUGAAUGUCCAAAUUGAGGUGCUAUAACGAUAGUUCUCGUACUGAAUACUACAGCAGUUUCUAGAAAUGUCAAGAAUAGUGUUUGGUAUCAGACUUUCACCCAAUACAUAUCAGCGCGUUAAAAUUGAAGGGAUUGAUUUGGAGUGUACUGUGGACCACUUGAAACAAGAAGCUUCAAGAGUGACAAAUUUGCCGAAAAGCUUUCUAGAACUUGUUUACUGUGGGAAUAUCCUUGAAGAUGAAGCUACCCUUCGAGCUUCUGGACUUAAAUCUGAUAGUACGGUCCAUGUUUUGAAGAAGAGAGAAAAAGAAGCACCUGUUCCAUCAAGACCCCUGUCUGAAAUGGACAUUCAAGAGUUGGUGAUGGCGUUCAAGACAUUUCUUAAGCAUCCAAGCUACCGUAGUGCCCUACAUAGACUGAAUCGAGCAGAAGUAGUAGAGAAUAUCAUACAGGCCACACCUGGAUUGCUGGAUGAUCCUAUAGCAAUUUCCAUUCUACAAGAACCAGAGUUGCUUGUGCAUCUUGAGAAUGCUGACACAGUUAGGAGAAUUGCAGAAGCUCAUCCGGCACUUGCGGAAGCAGCUGGCCAUAUUGCAGCUGCUGUACAGGAGGAAGCGGCGACCAGUUCUCAUCCUACAGAUCUGCCUGGCUCGAGCUCUGGGUAUUCGUACUCUCUCGACGGGCUCAGCGAUGAUGACGAAAUGGAUUCUUCUCAGUCCUCUGAUUCUCAACCCCGAGGUAGCGACUUAUCGAGGCAACAAUCUUAUUCAGCAAUUACUUCAGCACAAUUAGCUGCUGCCCUAGCAUCAGCAACAGGAUUUAUGUCAAGUUCACCGCAACCUUCAGGUUCUGGCUCAACGAGUGGACUCAUUACACCAGAGCUGUUCAAUCAAGCCAUGCAACAAGCGAUAGCGAGUGCCGGUGGAGGAGAAGAUCAAUCAUCUGACACAGAGGGUCAGUCAAGCCCUUCACGUCGAAGGUUGUCAAGACAGCUGCAGCAGAUGCAGGAGAUGGGACUCUCAGAUGAAGCACUGAAUCGCCAAGCUCUGGUAGCCACAGGUGGUGAUGUGCAGGCAGCAAUAAAUUUAGUCUUCAGCUGGGGACUAUCUUCAUCUCCUCCCUGAAACUAAGACAGUUUGAUUUUGUACAUCAUUCCUGCUUGGUCUAAAUCUCUUGUCCUUUGUUUACAAUGUUGUUGUCUGCCACAUGAAAACAAAGCAAGUUUUAGCAUACUUAUGUAUUUUAUUGCACAUAGGUUCCGAUGAGUUUCAUUUUGUUGCUGAGAUAUUCAGUAAUUUGGUGGUCUAAUAAGGUAAACCUGAUAUCAAUUACUGUUGUAAGAACUAUUCUGAAUAAAACAUUUGUCCAAAUUUA